AUGAUUGAGAAGAACGAGCCGGAAAUAUCGCCAAAAAUUGAGCCAGUCGUUUCAUUUACCCAAGAGGACUUAAAAGACAAACACAAACAUGUCUUGACGACCAUUGUGUCUCCUGGGAGAAAAGGAAUUGAGAUUACAAACAAUGUUGAUCUCGCUAUGAAGUUUGCUAUCGAGCACAAGGGUGAAGCUAAGCCAUUAGAUCCAGCCACCGAUAAAAGGAUCUUGCGCAAGAUUGAUAGGUACUUGCUUCCUGUUAUGUGCUUAUUAUACUGUUUUCAAUUCAUGGAUAAGUUGAGCACCAGCUACAGUGCUAUUUUAGGAUUGAGAACCGAAUUACAUAUGAAGGGAGAUAUGUAUAGUUGGACAUCAACUUGCUUCUACCUUGGAUACUUGGCUUUUGAGUUCCCUGCCUCGCUACUCCUUCAACGGUUCCCAGUUACCAAAACUGUGAGUGUAUUUGUCAUCCUAUGGGGAAUGAUUCUAGCUUUAUGCUCGGUUCCGAAAUAUGCAGGAUUUGUUGCAUUGAGGACAAUCUUGGGAAUGUUGGAGCUGUCGGUCACACCUGCAUUUACUAUCAUUACUUCUCAAUGGUACAAGAAAGAUGAGCAAUUCUUGAGAACGACCUGGUGGUUUGCUUCAAAUGGCAUUGGCGGUGACCUUGGAAGUUUGGUUGCUUACGGUUUAUACAAACACCAGGACUCUUAUACUUUGCCAGCAUGGAAGCUAGUGUUUGUUGUAACUGGUGUUUUGACAGUCUUUUUGGGCUUUGUGAUUAUGUUUCACAUUCCUGACACGCCAACUGGGGCAUGGUUUCUUACUGAAGAAGAGAAAGUUUUGGUGGUUGAAAGGAUUAGGUCCAAUCAGCAAGGUUUUGGUAACCCCAGAUUCAAGAAGGAACAAUUCAUUGAAGCUUUAACAGAUCAUAGAACAUGGUUGUUUUUUAUUUUUUCAAUUGCAAACAACAUUCCCAAUGGAGGUAUGACAACAUUUAGAACAAUUUUGCUUAAUGAACAAUUUGGCUUUGACACAGCACAGGCUCUCUUGAUGCAAAUGCCAUCAGGUGGAGUUGAAAUUGUCGGAUGUGUUUUGUUUGCGUGGUUACUGCGGUUUCUCAAAUCGCGUAUGUUAAUGACUAUCUUUGUUGCAAUGAUUACUGUCAUGGGAGAGUGCCUAUUGGCAUUUGCACCUACGAAACAAGGAAAGCUUGCUGGGCUUUACAUAUACAAUGUCUUUUCUCUUUGUUUCAUUUGCCUUCAAUCUCAAGUUUCUUCUUCAGUUGCUGGUCAUACAAAGAAAAUCACGGUCAAUGCUGUAUUUCUAAUAGGUUAUUGUGUUGGAAAUCUAAUUGGUCCACAAAUCUUCUUAGACAGUCAAGCCCCUGUGUAUUCUGGAGGAAAAAUUGGUAUUGUUGUUUCUGGUGUUGCCGCUCUAGUGUGCUUGAUCCUCAUUUACAUCUCUUAUUAUUUGGACAAUAAGAGACGUGAUGCGUUACCCCCAGUUGAUAUGAGCAAGACUGAGAACUACGAGUUUGCUGACUUAACUGAUAAACAGAAUCCAAACUUUAGAUAUGCGCUUUAG